AUACUGACUAACGAAUCAACGACAAUCCAAAAGUCGCGUUACCGAUCCACCAUACUACAGCAUAUUCACCCUCCAUCUGCUGUGAACGACAAAACCUUUCCCUUGCUUGAUCGCAACUCCGAAGUCGAGACCACCCAGAACGCGGCCACCACAAAGACAAGACAACAGCGACCUCUCGCUGCAUAUCAGCCGACAUCAUGACGUUCGCGGAUGAGCUCAAAUCGCGGAACUUCAGCAUCUACGGUCAAUGGACCGGAAUUCUUUGCGUACUACUAUGCUUCGCGCUGGGAAUCGCCAACAUCUUUCACUUCAACAUUGUCAUUCUGUUUAGCGUCAUCUGCUUUGUAUCUGCCUUCGUCAUCAUCUUCAUAGAGAUCCCGCUUCUACUCCGGAUCUGCCCAACGUCGCCGAAAUUCGACUCGUUCAUCCGCCGAUUCGAAACGAACUACAUGCGAGCCGCCAUAUACCUGACCAUGUCCAUAAUCCAAUGGCUGUCCCUGAUUGCGAUGACAACGUCACUGAUCGCGGUGGCUGUUGUGCUGCUCAUUGCAUCGCUCUUCUACGCGCUCGCCGGAUUCAAGGGCCAGGAGUUCCAAAGCAGCAAAACGUUAGGAGGGCAGGGCGUCGCGCAGAUGAUUGUUUGA